ACCGAAUAAUGCCGGCCAAAUUUCCAACUUUGCUAGGUACGUCUCUCAGUAUCAACGACAUAUAACCCAAUGAUCAUCUGACAUUGAUCGGAGCUCGCCCCUUGUGCUUGUUCUGUUGAUCAGAGAACGAUUAAAUUCACCGGCUUAGCUAUGGCUAUGAGAUUCAGCAGCAAAGAAAGCAGAAGGCCUCCACCACUAACCAUGCAGCAGCAAAAUAAGAAACCUGCUGCAGAGAUCCGCCGUAAACAGCAACCGCAACAAGUGGCGGACCUCACUGACUUCAUGAACGAUAUGUUCUUUGGCACCGUCAGCUCUGAGACCAAAUCUUAUAACUUGACCGGAGGCCUAGACGACUACAAGGAAGACAGUCCUAAUACCAGCACCCCCACUACUCCGACUAGUUCUACCAGUACUCCUACUAGUGCUACUACUACGACAACUAGUAAUAGCAAAAUGACUCAAGAAUGGCUAGAAGAGGCUAGGCGCAUUGUUGCGUCUUCCCCUUCCCGCAGUAACUCACCUUCUCGGUUAGCUACAGGCUCACCGAGGUUCGCAGCAUCCCCGGGCCAGGCUGCUAGAUUAUCCCUCUCUUCGGCACUUGAUCGCAGAGACCCGCUCUCUAGGUCUGCUAGAAGGCAUAGAAACGCAGAGAGCUUGAGCGGAGAGAUACUAUCGAAGACCACAGCGAAGCACAGCCGGAACAAGUCGGAAGUAGCACAAGAUACACCAACUUCGCCUGCUUCGCCACAAGAUACUUCCCCUGCUGCAGCGGUACACAAAUGGUUUUCCAAUAUCCUCAAGCCCUCUAAUCAGGCUCAAGUACCCAGCCAGCCACAGCCAAAUUCCGAUCCUAUCCCUCAAGUUGUUCCUCCGCGCCAACCAGGGCCGCGUAGGUCGCGGUUCCAAAACGAUCCUUCCUCACCUCGCCCGCAUGGGAUCCCUGUCCCUUCCCGCCGGACCUUCCAAAGCCCGUCAGCAACACCUGACAAUAAUAAGCUGCUCUCUCCACCCAAAAACCUUGUUCCUUCGGCCCACCGGAGGUCCAUAUCGUCGUCUACUUGUUCUAUCGAGAAGGCAGCGGUAAAGUCUGAUCCAGUGGGUUGGCCUAAGGAUGCAGCUCAAGCACAAGAUCAAGGAGGAGGCAUUGAUGAUCUCAAUGGGUUUCUCAAAGAGCAGAGGACUAAAAUUCAGAAAGUUUUGGAUGGUCAAGUUAAUUCCAAGGCUAGAAUCGUACUUUCCGAUCCCUCAAAUAGUACAAGUACAAUGGUGGCAGCAAUAUGUUAUGCAUGGCUAUUGGAGAACAGAGCGAGGAAGGAAAAUAACAAUAGUAAAGCAGGGAAUGUUAACGAUGAUGAGGUGCAGUAUGUUGUGGUUCCUGUGAUGAAUGUGAAGAGAGGGAGGAUGUGGAAGCAAAGAGAGGCUGCUUGGCUAUUUUUCCAUGUUGGCCUUGAUGUCACUUCUUUGCUCUUUUCUGAUGAAGUGGAUUUAGAGAGUCUAAUGAUGACUGGGAAGUUGAACAUCCUUGUAACAGGGCAAGAUGUCCUGAGAAAUAACGGCGAGGUUGGAUCUCAGUGCACCAUUCUUACAGAUAAUUACUGUGAAGACGCCUAUGAUCUACUUGAUACCCCUUUGCUCAAGAAACUCCUGCUUGCAGGUAUAUUAUUAGACACUCAAAAUUUGAAAGCAUCAGGUCAACUGCCUAUGACAAGAGACGCAGAGGCAGUUCAGUUGCUAUUAGUUGGCUUGCCAUCCAAUUACCGGAAUGCACUCUUCGAUCAAUUGACACAAUAUCAGGGAGACAGUUCCUUUCUUGAGGCUUUGAGGCAAAAUUAUGGGAAGUCUCCUAAUGAAAGCAGCAGUGAUGGUACAGAACAUGUGAAGCAGAAGGUUUCAGAGAGGAAAUCAGCCUCAAAUUCUCGUCAUGAAACGAAUUUCAUCCAAAACUCAGACAAGAAUGCUAAUGAUGCUGCAAGAAAUGGGAAAAGGGGUUCAUCAAAAUCUGCUAAAUCACCAGUCAAAGCGACUUCAGCUCCACCACAAGCGGCAGCUAGUCCCAACCGCGGAAAGAAUCAGUUCUUCCUUGCAAAAUGGUUUGGUUUUGGAAACAAAUGACACAUUACUAUAUUUUGGUAUCUUUUAAUUGUAAACUUUCAUCUAGCUAGAAGAACCAGCAUUGAUUACAUUAGGAGAAAAAAAGAAAAUUCUUGGAUAUAUAUCUGCUGAUUCCAUCAAGGGAGUAUUUAGCUCCUGCCAAAAGCUAAAUCCUAAAUUGCUUUUAGUUUCUUGGAAGAGGAAGAUUUGAAACACUUCAUAGAGAGAAUGUAAAACUGUCCUUGUGGCAAUGUGGCUAGCCUAUUUUAUUAUUGUUUUUUGUCAAAUACAAUAAGGGUUGGAGUUGCUAUUGGACUUGAUAUAGUAUUGGUAACAUCAGCUCAUGCUGUAUUACAACUGUGGUUUUUUUUAUCUCAUUGUUGUUCUUGUCAUAUGCACCUUGAUUUUUUUGUUUUCUUCAAAUUUAAAAAUGAUUUGCCUGUCCCUCUGUAGAAGAACAACUAUUAACUGUAUCUGUUUUAAAAUUCUCCAGGCCAGUAAAUGUUGAAAGUAGUUACUGCAUUCUUGACUCA